AUGAUAAAAAGUCAUAAGAAUAAAUCAAUAAUACUUUUUCUUUCAUUGGUUGACAACUUUAACCCAUAUUGGUUUGUUACUGUCAUGGGAACCGGUAGUUCAAGUUGUAUACUACAUGAUUUUCCAUUCCCAGGCUUAUGGUUGCGCAUUUGUUCAUAUGUUAUGUUUGGUAUCUGUGCUUUCUUAUUCAUCACAUUGCAAACAGCAUUAGUUAUUAAUAUACUGCGCAAAGUUUAUUUUAAACGACUGAGAAUACCCCAAAUCUUUUAUGGUUUUUUUAUUAAAUCCCCAACUAAUUUAUAUUGGGGUACAUAUUCCAUGGGAAUAUGCAGUAUAAUUAACUACAUCUUUUUAAUAUUAAAAUCUUCCACCAAUACCACUAAUUAUGAGAGAUCAAAUACGUUUAUUAUAGGAAUAUACGUACUGUGGUGGGCUGGUUUGAUAUUAUCGCUUAUAGUCGCAUGGGGGUUGACCAUUUUACAUUGGAAAUUUAAUAAUAAAAAUGACACCAGUUUUUUGAAAACACCUAUAUAUCUACUGCCUGUCGUAUCAAUUGUUGUUAUCUGUUCAUGUGGUGCUCAAAUAACAAUGUCUGAUCUUUUCAUUUAUCAAUUCAACAGAAAUGUCCAGCUACUAACCUUGGUAAUAAUAGCCAUGUGUUGGUUGCAAGCAAUCACAAUGGUUUUUCUAGUUACUGCAGUUUAUUUUUGGAAUUUAUACGUUAAUGGAAUGCCUGAUAUGGUUUCUAAUACAUCCACUUGUUUCCUAUGUGUUGGUCCCAUGGGCCAAGGCAGUUAUGGGAUUCAAUUGUUAUGUUCUGAUGUUGUCAGAUAUAUAGAGUUGCACUAUCUAGAUACCACCACUACCCUUAUAGCAAUUUCUUUUUUCAAGAUUCUAGGUGGCAUUCUUGGUCUUUGGUUAAUUUCAUGCGGGUUAUUUUUUGUUAUUUAUUCAGUAUCAUCAAUAUUCUUAUUUAUAAAUAAAACCAAAAUUCAUAACUACCAAAAAAGUUGGUGGGCAAUGCCCUUUCCACUAGGGACAAUGGCUUUAUCCACUAAAGAACUCUGGGUUCAAUAUGGAGCAUUUAUUGACAUUCGUGCAUUCAGAAUAAUUAGUGUUUUUUUUGCUAUAUUGUGUAUCGGGUCCACCAUGCUGUGUUUAAUUGGAACAUGUAACCAUUAUAUUUUUAAACAGCCAAUACGCAAAAAAGAUUAUGAUAUUAAUAUUACCAUUGAGCAUAUAAUUUGCAAACACGAUGAGGGGUAA